AAUCAUGCGAGGAGGCAUGGCAAGGCUAAAGUUUAGCUGCUAAAAUAACAAGCCGUCGCACGCCGCUUGGACGGGGCGGGCGGACAUCAGUCAGUUCAAAUGGCAGAUGGAGAUGACGCUGAUGCACUGCAAGCUCACGGCGAAUCUACGUCAGAAAUGAGCGGCGAGGACCAGUCCUUGGCACCUGCAACUGCAACUGGAGGCACAGGAUCUGCGGAAGGACGAACUCGUGGCGAGUUGAAGCUCGUGGACGGACAUUCCAGCGCAGAUGCUGCGGAGCCAAUUCAACCGGGCGCAUCGAACUGUAGCCAGGGCGCAAUCUCGCCUACAACGCCUUCGGCAGAGAAGGCGGAAGUUCCAGAGGUUACUUCCAGCCUAGAACUUGCCGCUCUCCGCCUAGAGCUCACACAACUCCGACAAACGCUAGAGGAGGAACAAGACGACGUCGAAGAAGGAAAUGCUGCGACGGUGACGGCAACCGCAGACAACACAGAUAAUGAGACCGUCGAGUACCAGGUAGUUGACUUUGCCGAAGGAAUCUACCGCGGCCAAGUUCAAGCGUUUGAUGCACCGCAGCAGAAGGAAUGGCGACCUCACGGACGAGGCGUGCUCACAACUGCGACAGGCCACACGUACUGCGGGCAAUGGCACAACGGGACACAAGUACACUACGGCACGCGCUACAGUCCCACACUGCGUUAUGAAGGCACCGUCGGUGGUGGGAGCACGCCCACAGCAUGCCAUGGAGUGGGGCUUUACGCGUUUGGUGCACUGUUCGUCGGGUGUUGGGUAUCUGCUGGCCCACUCCAACCGCACGACCUCAACAGCCUACAGAGCUCAACAGAUACUUCAAGUAUGAUAUCUGUAGACGGAUGGUGCCAUGGUCUCCAUUGUGUCCAUCACACUGCCGAGGUGCAUAAGUGUACCUUCAAGUUGCCUUCCGAUGCUCGUUCGCAGUCUCAACCGCAGCGCGGCUUGAUGGUAGCGGAUGAAAAGCUCCAGUAUUGGCGCCGACACGCGCUUACCCGAGCGUUGAGCGCGUGGAUUCGGCACUGUUGUGACUUCAACAUCACUCAAGCGAGGCGGAGCAGACUUCUUGCGUUACAGACUCAAGCACAAGCUCGUCAAGCGGAACAGCGAGCUAUCAGCGAAGAUCUGGAGCGACAGAAGGCUGCUAAAAGCCAAGAUGCCACUGAGUUGUUGACUUUGCUCGCCAGAUCUCGAGAGGUGCUGGAGCAGCGAAGCCAGCGUCGACAACUGUAUGCUCAGCGACUUGCCAGUGCCAUCCAGCAGCGCGAUCAUGCUCGAGCUUGUGUGGCAAAGCAAGAUAAUGCUGUGAAGGCUUUGGAGAUUGAGUUGCAAGAAGUCACGGAUCUGUUGAAGGAGGCUAGGCAGGCUCAAGAUAACUGCACACAGUACACUCGCGAGCUGCAUGUGCUCAAGCGACAGAUCGAGAACGCUUCCGUCAAGCUCAACGCGGCUCGGUAUGAACAGCGUCAGCAAGCCUCUCAACAAGAGCAGGAGCCACAGUCGAGCUUGUCGCAACGAAGCGAUCCACCAACACCCAUAACGAAGACGCCUCGAGCGCGAGAAUGCGCUGAUGACAACAACUCUGUGCAUCAAAGCCGGAGAGGGAGCACACGACGUAGUGUCACGCUUGGACAGCAAUUUGUCUGUGGUGUCCCGGGUUGCAUGUGCGGUAUCCCACGCGACGUCUUCCUGCGCGUGGCCGGAGCACUGAACGACGAGUGAAGAGUAAGGCACAACCUGUUACUCGAGUUUUGCGGUUGUUCCGCUGUCUUGGCUCAGACGAAUCGAUAUUCUGAUCUUGGCUGGUGCUCUGCUAGGCCUUCACGGAAUGUUGGUCCGAUGGAAGUGCUUCUCUGCUCCUCCAUCGCGUGGGGUGCGGGCGACAUGCGCAUUAAGCCCAACUCGCUUUCGCUUGUGAUUGUCAGCACCACUCUCUGCGUGCCUGGACCAUGACCGACGCUUUUGUCCGCCAUCAUCGGCCCAAUAGUUCCUCGUACACUCUCCGAGUCGACAAGAAAUCAUUCCUGCAAAUGUGGCAAUUCAAAAAGAGCUCUUUGUCCCGUCAAAUUGUCCCAUGAUGAAAGAACUCACAUGGACACCAGCUAGAUACGGAUAAAAUGAAUUCAAUGCCAGUGUUAUCAAGAUCUUGUCACUGCGUGCCCGACUAUUUCUUGGAGCCGAUCGUCCCAUUGCUUUUGGGGCCACCAUUAGCUGUAGCCGUUUGAGUGUUGCUGUC